UGACUUGGUCAAUAGUAUAUUUUAUUAUAGUUAAAAAAAGACUUUCUGUGGAAGUGUACAUGUCAGGAUCCACACUUUUAAAAUUGUUAUUUUUGCUUUGUCUUUAUUUGUAUUUAAAUGGCAGUGAAUGGUGUGCAUUUUAAAUGAUAUCCUCUAGUUUCGAUUUAUAAUCGGACCAGUCUAAUAUCCUCGAAGACGUUUUCCUUUUUUAUUACAGUAACUUUAAUACAAACUUGAAAUAAUACGAGACAAUUAGAACCCAUAUUUGUAUGUAAUUCUUAGUGUUUUACACACAAAUUGUCAUGCUUUGUACAAAAAGACAAUAUGUGGAUGGACAUCCUCCUGUCGGUGAUGUAAUCAUUAAGGAAUUAGUACAAUGCAAUGCAAAUUACAUAAUAACAAGCUUGACUUUCCGGUAUGGGCGGAAAUUAAUCAGGCCGGGAGUGAAUUGACAUCUGUACAUAUUUUGUGAAGUGUAUUAUUAUCAUAAUGUCUCAUAAAAACAGUUACAAGUGUUUGUAACGUGGAAUUAUACUGAUUGAAUGCAACGUACAUAAACUACCCACAAUGCCUUUCCAAACAUCCAACCCCCAACUGGAAUGCUUUUGGUGUGAAACUCUGCUCAAAUCACAGGCGGGAGAACACCGAGGCAGUCGGCUGAAGUGAAGUUGUAGUGUUAAGAGUUCGAAACAGAACGUUUUAAUAGUUUAUAACUGCCGACUUUUUCCUAAUGAGACGGGAAACUGUGUUUGGGUCGAAGAGGAGGCGGGAAAACGACAUAAUAACAAACAGAAACAGUAACGGUAUCCACUACUAAACCUUACGUUACUGGAGAGGGACGAGGAGUGAUUCAACAGUAUAAAGAUGAUCAUGAAGGGGCAGAAGCGAAAACACCCACCAGAGGAGGUGGAGGUCUCAGACAGGAGCAGCCCAAUGUGGGAGAGCCAGCGCCAGUUUGUGUUCUCAGUUUCCCUGAACAAGUAUCAUCAUGGCCAAGAGCUGCCUGAGCCCAGCCUGCGGAGGUCCGUCCUGAUCGCCAACACCUUGCGGCAGGUCAGCCUGGAAGCUGUUGCAGCGCCCUCUGUGGACAUGGAGGUGUCACCACCACCCUGUAGCUCUUCAUCUGCACUUCACAAGAGUGUUGUCACCGCAAAACAGCACCCCGCAGAGACGUUUUCUAACAGCCACUCGGCUCUUGUAAGUUGCCCUACGGUUACUUUAAAUGACUUGUCAUAUUGUGUUCCUGCAUCAAAUGCCCCUCUGUCUUUAAAAGAUGAAGAUGAGGACUGGGGAUCCAUGUCCAUGGAUUCUGAUUUCUCCCUUUCAGUUGCCAUCUCGUCCAUCCUCACUGCACUGGACUCUACCAUUGAUGGUAGCUCCCAGGCAGCUCCCCGGACGCCUCUCAGAUCCUUGGAGAACCUGUCGGCGCCCUCUGAUGGAGGUGUGGCGUGGGUGAAGCAGGGACUCAGAGGCUAUGGUGGAGGCUGGGAGCAGCAGGAAGAGGGGAGGGCGUGGGAGAGCAGCACAGAGCUGAUGAGGUGCAGCUACCUCAGUGAGCUCACUGUGGAGGACCUGUUCCAGGAUAUAGACACAUCCCUGCUGGAGAGGGACAUGGAAGUUCUUGGGCUUAUAGGCAGUGGAGGUGGAUGCCCGACUGGGGAUGACCUUUUACGGUAUCUGCCACCUUUCUCCUCCUCCCUCUCACACCCCUUCUCCCUUUCUCUCAACCAGAAUCUGAAGUGCCUGCCUUCGCUCUCCUCAUUCGGCCCGUUGUCCUCUUCCUCCUCCUCUUCUCUACCUUCUCUUUCGUCGCCACACUUCUCGAGUCAGAAUCAUGUGAGAGAAGGACUGGAUCUGGAGCAUCUGAUGGAGAUCCUGGUGGAGUCCUGAUCGCCCCGUGAUACUGCAAAUAAAUAGCCUGAACAGCAUUCACUAAGUUAGUGAACAGUGAACUGAAAGGCAAAGAGACUGAAUUAUCAAACAAAUGAAAUAUUCACUUUGUUUUGAUAUAUUCCUCAAUGAAAAGUGUAUAAUGGGUUUCAGAAUGUAGUUAGAAUUUGAAACGGUUGGCGUCUAAGACAGGAAAUGCUAAAAUUGGGCUAGCAUGAAGAUUAGCUGUGAAGCAACUGGCAGCUUUUUGUAAAACAUAAAGCGUUAGUGUUUCACUGGCAAAAAUGGAGGUCAAGUCACGGUGAAAACUAUGUGGGCAGUAAACCAGAUAAGGCUGUUUUUUAAUGAGUCAGCUUAUAAGGAACUGCUGAAAAGCAUUUUACUACAGUGUCCAGUGUGACUAAGUUAAUAGGAACUAGGGAGGGGAAGGGAGGUGUCAGAUUCUAAAACAGGAUUUAUACAGCAAAUAAGAUGAUGUAAGAGAAACAUAACAGAACAUUUGUCAAAUGUAUCACAGCUUCGAGUAAAACUGAGUUCACAUUGAACAUCCUGGUUUACCUAGAGUAGGGAAAAAAAUCCGCAACCAUUCAUGUACUGUUGUUGUGAACAGUGGACUGAACACAUGAGAUAAAUCCCUUAUAACACGUGUAAAAUGUGAAUGUGAGAGGAUGUGGUGAGGCUGGUAUUUGAAGGAGAAUAACUGAUACACUAGUAUAUUAUGGUUCAAACUUCUAUGAAGAAACAUUUUAGCCUCAUAUUUAUCACUGAGUUCGAACAGGGGGCCCGGUAUCAGGUGCUAAGAGAUGAGGUCAGGAUUUUAAGAAUAGCAGCACCCAGAAAAUGUGAGUUUUAUUCAGAAGAAAUCCACAAGAACUGGUAUUUUUUUUUCAAUGUGUAUAAUUAUUUAAGGUUAUUGUUAGCUUUGCGAUUCUUCUUUGUAUCCAUCAGUUCAUUAUCAGUUAUACUUCACCAACUGGAGGUACAGUAUAUUUUCAUGUAUCCUAUUUUAGCAGUAAAGAAUAAUACUCAGUGAAAAUCUCCUGCCUCUCUACCAGCGGACUGUUCAACAGAUGUUUCCAUUCAAAUAGCUUUACAGUACUGUGCUAACACAUUGUCAUGGAUUCAAUGUAGCAGUUCAGAGCCACUGUGUCACAACCACUACACAGCUUCUGUUGUACAGAUGUGAUAUUACUGAUCCGUCCUGCUGGGUGUGGAGCAGCACGCUGUUAGCCAUGUUGGCUGAUGGAGUGUAGGUGGUGCUGCCUGACAGCUCAGUUUAGGGGGGUCCACUCGUGUUGUCUGGUUUACAUCUGAAUUCUUGCACUUUUGUAAAUAAUAUGCAUUUCUAAGUCAUGUGGGGUCUGUUUACUCUGUAUUUAUUAAGCAGUGGUAAAACUAAGCCUAAUUAAUUUGAACCCGUAAAGUGAAGCGCAAUGACAUGUUAUGUUAAUGUUUGUUCUUUCAAAGCAAACCACUUUGCUCAGGUGUUUUGAACUGCAUCGUAACCAGCUGUAUAUGUUGAUCCAGCAUGUAAUCCAUCUCUGUUUGAAAUGGUAAAUAAUGAUAAAUAGUUUGGGAACACAUGAUACCUUUCUGUCAGGUGUACUUUGAUCCUGUUUUAGAUCAGUUGCUUUCUAUGCAGAGUUUCUUUGUGAGUACCUGGACUGCAGUCUAUUUAUAAAUGGAGUAUUUGUUAAGAUGAGUUAUUAUGUCGUUCCAUAUUUUUCUAAUGGUUUAUUAAUGUACCGUCAUGGCAGUUAUUUGAUUUACUUGUAUUUGAAUGGUUAUGUUUAAUUGAGGGCAGAAUGCCUGGACACUAUGUAUUUUUAUAAAUGCAAAUGCUGUUAAACUAUACUGAUAUUUUGAAUAAAAUGUGAA